AUGCAAGAAAACAUUUAAACAUACGUAAGAGUAAGACCUUUAUAAGACCAAGAAAGAAUAAUUGACAUAAUGGAUGACAAGCAAAUAAUGAUUCAAAGAACAACCGAAACUUUUUAAUUUGAAAGUGUGUUUAAUGAAGAAAUUAAUAAUAUCUAAAUUUUCUAAUAAAUAUGUACAUAAAAUAUUACAAAUUGUUUUGAAGGAAAAAAUGUAUGUAUAUUUUCUUAUGGAUAAACCUCCUCAGGAAAAACAUUUACAAUGAAAGGCACAAAGGAAUCUCCUGGUUUGAUUCCAUAAUCUAUAGCCUUUAUAUUUGAAAAAAUAAAAUAUAUAAUGAGACAAUUAUAGACUUAUUAAACACUCAACAAUAAAACAUUGAUAUAAGAGAAAAUUACAGUAAAGGAAUAUUUUUAUAAAAUCUAAGUGAAUAAAUAGCCGAAACUGAAGAAAAAGCUUAAGAUAUAUACUCGGAAGGAGAAUCUAACCGAAAAUUUGCCGAAACUUCAUAAAAUACUCAAUCAAGUCGUUCCCAUGUAAUUUUUAGAAUUAAUUUUGAAAUUCGAAAUUCUAAUAAAACCUUAUAUUCUGUUUUGAAUUUGAUAGAUUUAGCCGGAAGUGAGAAUAUUUAAAAGAAUUUUAAUUAAACUAUGAAAGAUAAUAAAAUGAAAAUCGAAGGUGUUAAUAUAAAUAAGUCUUUAUUAGCCUUAUCUAAUGUAAUUAAUUAAUUAAGUUAAAAUAAAUAAUAGUAUAUUAAUUUUAGAGAUUCGAAACUUACUCGAAUUCUAUAGCCGUGUUUAGGCGGAAACUCUAAAACUUUGAUUAUUUGUACUAUUAAUCCUAGUGCACUUAAUUAUUAAGAGACUAGAGAUACUCUUAAUUUCGGAAAAAACGCUGGAGCGAUUAAAAAUAACCUUUAAGUUAAUUAAAAAAAAGAUGAAAAAAUUAAUUUAAAUAAUAGUAUUUAAAUUGAAAUUAUUAAAGAAAAUUUAAUACUGAAAGAAAAAAUAGAUGAAAUGGAAAAAACCAUUAAAUAAAAAGAUAAUUAAAUGGAUAUUUUUUUAGAAAAAGAAAAGAUUCAAAAUGAAAUUAACGAAAAAAACUGCGAAAAAAUACUUCAUUAUAAAGAAGAAAUUUAAGAUUUAAAAAAUGAAAUUCA